AUCCUCAUAACAAGCAGUCGUAGCAUUCACAGUUUGCACUUUGUCUGUACUUUGGGCAAAAUGAUACUUCGCGUGUUUAGUUUAAUUAGUUUCAUAGCGUUCGAAUUGUGCGUGGCACAGCAACUCCCGCUUCCUGUAACCACAUGUCAUCAAGAUUCACCUGAUUUUUCUGUCUGCUUGAAACGCGGCUUGCAAGAAGCAUGGUCGCGAUUAGCUCAAGGUUUUCCAGAAUUUGAUUUUCCAAGUUUGGAUCCACUUAUUUAUCAUUAUCGUGCAUCAUUCGAAAGUAACUCUUUAAAUGCUGACAUUACCGUAUCCAAUAGUACAGCGGUGGGUUUGGCGAAAACUCGUAUCUUGGAUGUGAGAUCACAUUUUUUUGGUGACCGUUUUCGAAUAGAACUCGAUUUAGAUAUACCAAAAUUAUAUCUUGAAGGAAUCAUGGCAGUGAAGGGUAAUUUAGGUCCAUUCAGAAUGGAUACAAACCCAGAAAAGUUCAACUUAUCCAUAAUAGAUGUCAAAGCAACAUGUAAUACAACAGGAAACAUAGUAAAUGAUAAAGUAAUUAUAGAACAUUUUAAUAUUGUUCCGGAAAUUGGUAAUCUGAAGAUAUACUUCAAAUUGCUUAGGAGCAAAGAACUCAAUGAUUUUGCCGUGCAAUUCAUAAACGAAAAUUGGCCCGCAUAUUAUCAAGGAAUAACAUCAUCAGCGAUCAGUAGGCUAGAACCGUGGCUGAUCGAUUUGAUCAAUCGCUGGAUGUCCAAGAUUUUCUUCUUUCAAGCACAGCCAACAUAAAAAAAUAAGCAUUUAUUAAGAAUAGAGCACUGACAGUUUUGCAGAUAAUUAUAAAUUAUAGGAGAGGUAACUCCAAUUACGUUAUAUUGUCUAUGGCAAGCCAUGAAAAUGAUUAUUUUAAGUAACUAUCAAAAGAUAAUUAUUAAGAUAAGUAUUACAAGAUAAAUAUUAUAAAGUUAUUAACAAAUUAUAACAAAUUGAAAUUUAAUAAUUAUAAUGCUUUUUUGAUAACAAUAAAAAUAACAACAAAAACCACAAUCAAAAUUUAUGUGCAGAGCGAGCAUUGGUCACUCCUAAUGUAAGAAUGUAAAGAUGAAUAUCUUCUCAACCUUUCCAACUCAUAGUUGGAAAUAGUAAAAGUAGCAAAAUAAUACUUAAGAAUUUAUUACAGAUUAAGAAUCAUCGUAUACUACUAAUAUAAUUAUAAGAGAGCUCGAUAAAAAAUCGAAUGAUCAGUAGUGAUAAAUUUACAUUGUCAAGACAUAUAAUUUUGUAAUUAUUUGCAUCGUUUACUACUGUGGAGCUUGCAAGUUUCGCGCUAGAAUUAUGUCUGAAUAAAGACUCGAGAAAAAUAUAAAGUUAUGCUUUCUUACAAUCUGUUGAUCUGAAUAAUGAUUAUUAAAGCAUUGUAAACGAUAGUCGCAUAAUGCUGUGUUGUAUUUCACGAGAAAAAGUUACCUGUGUUAUUAUGUGUUCCGGCUUGUUAUAUAAUAUUAUAAUACAUAGCUCUAUAAACGUACAGUGUAUAUUAAGUAUACACAUGCUCCUAAUUUAUUCGUAAUCAGAAAAACAGAUGAGGCUUCAUGCAAUUAUAUAAAAAAACUGCUGAGCUUGCAGAAUAUUUUUCUCGCUUAUAAGUUUACAAGAAAUUUAUCUAAUUAAAAUAAACAUUAUUUUCUUUCUGUGA